AUGUCUGGCGUUUGGAUCUUCAAGAAUGGUGUGAUCCGACUAGUCGAGAAUCCAGGAGCUGAAGCUGUGGAUGGAAGCAAGCAAGGGUUAAGUGGUAGUCGCCAGAAAGUGCUAGUUCACGUUCCUUCUAAUGAAGUUAUUACUUCUUAUGCUGUUCUUGAAAAUAAGCUAUUUUCAGUUGGGUGGGAGAGGUACUACGAUGAUCCUGACCUCCUCCAGUUCCACAAAAAAUCCACCCUUCAUCUCAUCUCUCUUCCUAAGGACUUCAGCAAGUUCAAGUCCAUGCACAUGUAUGAUAUUGUUGUCAAAAAUCGUAAUAUAUUUGAAGUAAAACACAUGUAAUAUUACUUGGACGUCGACUUAUCGAUGCAUAAUUAUGCCUUGUGUAUGUGUGUGAGAUUAUGGGUGUGUGCUUGAUAAUUAGGUCAUGAAUUAAUGGCUACAGUGAAGGGUUUGCUUUGGCAACCACGUAGUUGGUGUCUGAGUCGUAGCUUCUUGUGGGAAUGAAAAUUAAACU